AUGGCCAUCAGCAACAACAACGACCCAACCACCUGGACCACCCUCAACAAAGGUGACCCCAUCCUAACCACCUCCCUCGGCAUGGGCGGCAUCCGCGACCCAUCUCUCAUCAUCGCGCCCGACCGGUCCAAGUUUUGGCUCCUCGCCACAGACCUCAAAGUCUGGGGCCGCGGCUGGAACAAUGGGACUUGCUACACCUGCAACGGAUCAAAGUCUAUCCACGUCUGGGAAUCAAACGAUCUCGCGAGAUGGACCGGGCCGAUGUUCAAGACGGUGGCUCCCCCUGAAGCAGCGAUGGCUUGGGCUCCGGACGCGAUUUGGGAUCCGGUCAAGAACAAGUUCUUGGUUUAUUUCACGAGCAAGUUGGAUAGUCAGCUUGUGCUUAUGAAGGCGCAUACGGAGGAUUUCAAGACGUUUACACGGGCGGAGGAGUUUAAUCGGCUGGGGAUGGAUGCUACUAUUGCUUUGGAGGGGGAGACGGGGAAGUACUACUGGUUUAGUAAGCAUGGGCCUGAUGAGUUGAUUCAGCAGAAUGUGGCGGGCAGUCCGGAGGGGCCGUGGAAGACGGUUAGCGAAAGGAUUGGUGCUGAUGGAGGCAUGCCGGCCGGGGAGGGACCGUUGGUGUUUAGGGAUAACAGGGAUCCGAAGAAGGUCAGUCAGUCACUGUGA